UCGAUAUUCCUGGAUCGAUCCGCCCACCACUUGUGAGUAGAUGCUGAUACGAAGAUGCCGGAUCCUCAGGCGCAUCUGCUAUGGUUGUUGCUUUUUGCAUUGUUUUACCGUCCCGGUACUGCGGCGGAGGUCUCCGUGUGGAGCGUGGACAUCAACCCGGCGCAACAUGCUGUGUUUCGGAAGACGUUGUACGCCAACACCACCAUCUUCGUGAAGUUCCAGGGUGACCCUGGGUCAUGUGACAAGAACCUGGGCUUCAACAUCAGCUGGUACCUGCGCUCGUCUGUUUGCUAUAACGAGGUCUUUAACACACCAGACAGCAAAGCCAUGAACAUGUUUGGGAUGGACCACAUGCUGAGAGACGGCUGGACCGGCUUCCACAGUCAGGGCUACAUGUUAUUCGAGAACUGCUCCUCCCUCUUCUCACCAAAGGCGUAUUACACAGACUUCAAUCCUUACCAGCCUCUGUCCAGCCCAAAGAGUGACUCGUCCAAUCAGAGCCUGACUUGGCCUGGCAAACCAGAUAUCGGUGCAGUGGCCAAAGCCUGGGAAGACAGUCCGUAUCUGUUCAUAGUGAACGUGCAGCUUUUGUCUCGUGGAGCUGAGGACGAGGACAUUAUAGCAGAGGAGCCCAGCUUUUCUUUUACAAUGAAAGUGGAGAUGAAGGGACCACAUGACUACUCCUCUCCAGCGGACUGGCCCCAGAUGAUGUUUUUCAUGAUCAUGUGCAUCGUGUACGUGCUGUUCGGGGCUCUCUGGCUCCUCUGGUGCGCCUGUUAUUGGAGGGACCUGCUACGGAUCCAGUACUGGAUCGGGGCCGUCAUCAUCCUCGGCAUGCUGGAGAAAGCCGUGUUCUACUCCGAGUACCAGAGCAUCCGAUACAAAGGAGUCUACGUUCUCGGGGCUGUGAUAUUUGCUGAGCUGCUGUCUGCACUCAAACGAUCUCUGGCUCGAAUCCUAGUCCUCAUUGUCAGUCUUGGAUAUGGCAUAGUCAAACCUAGGUUGGGCACCACGGUGCAUCGUCUGGCAGCUGUUGGGCUUCUCUACCUUCUGUUUUCUUCGGUGGAAGGUGUGCUGAGAGUGACAGGUGGUUUCUAUGGGACCGUUGCCCUGGUGGCUAAUCUCAGCCUCUCCCUCAUUGACUCCUGCGUCAUGUGGUGGAUUUUCAUCAGUCUGUCCCAAACGACUCGUCUCCUGAAGCUCCGCAGGAACGUGGUGAAGCUGUCUCUAUACCAGCACUUCACCAACACGCUCAUCUUCUCUGUUGUCGCGUCCAUCAUAUUCAUCAUCUGGACCACCAAAGUCUUCAAGCUGGUGGACUGUCAGAGGGGCUGGAGAGACUUGUGGGUGGACGACGCUUUCUGGCGUCUCCUGUUCUCCACUAUCCUGCUGGUCAUAAUGGUGCUGCUGCGGCCGUCCGCCAACAGCCAGAGGUUCUCCCAUUCCCCUCUGAUUGAUGAAGAGGAUGAAGAGGAUGAGGCCAAGGAGCCGAUGCUGAAUGAAGCAUUUGAGGGAAUGAAGAUGAGAGGUUCAAAACCCGACACUAAUGGCUCCCAGAAACUGUUGAGUAAAGAGGAUGAAGACCUUAAAUGGGUUGAGGAGAACAUUCCUACAACCGUUGCUGAUGUAGCUCUCCCUGUAAUGCUAGACGAGGAAGAGGAAAUCCUGAAAACCAAGAUGGAGCGAUCCAAAAUGGAGUAGAAGCGAUGACGUGAGAAUGGAAAGAAAGCCGUUUCACUAAGGCAGCAAUGAAUGCGUUGUGAGUGAGUGACUUACCAAAAAAAGAAAAAAGAAAAAAAUGUUGAGCGCACUUUCUCA